UCCUUUUGUGUAACGCAAACAACUUGUUUCUCUUUUGCUUUUCGCAAUUACAUUUCUCCCUUUCUUGUCUGUUUUUUCAGUAUUUAUUUGUUGUCUAUUCUCCUUUAAGGUGAGAAACUCUUGAACAUUGAGUUAGCACUCUCAAACAUCUUGCUAAUCUUUAACUGGUCUCUCCUCAUUCGUCAUCAAUGGAGUGCAAGCUACUAAAUGUUGCUUUUUCAAGCCUCAAGACCCCAAGUUCUCUACCACCUCAUUCGUAUCUCGCCCAUCAUCAACCAAACACCCUCAAAUUUAUUCUCCAGUCAAAAUCUGGAGCUAAUGGGCAUCAUCCUCUUCAUGCCUCUUCAUCUUUUCGCACAAGAUAUGCUAAAGAAAGGGUGGACAGCAGCCAGACCUUGACUCUGGAUGCGAUAAGGAAGUCAUUAAUUUUGCAAGAAGACAGUAUAAUUUUCAACCUUUUGCUCAGAGCGCAAUAUGCUUACAAUGCAAACACUUAUAACGAUGGUGCUCUAUGUAUCGGAAGUUUCCAUGGGUCUUUGGUCAAGUUCAUUGUAAAAGAAACAGAAAGGCUCCAUGCUCAGGCGGGGCGGUAUAGAAGUCCAGAUGAGCACCCGUUCUUCCCAGAAAAUUUACCUCACUCAAUGCUGCUUCCGUCGCAGUAUCCAAAGGUUUUGCAUCCUUGUGCUUACUCAAUUAAUAUCAACAAAAAGGUAUGGAAUAUGUAUUUUACGGAUCUUCUUCCAAAAUUGGCCAAAGCUGGAGAUGAUGACAAUUGUGGAUCUGCUGCUGUUUGCGACACAGUUUGCUUGCAGGCUCUGUCACGGAGAAUUCACUAUGGAAAAUUUGUGGCCGAGGCUAAAUUUCAGGAAUCCACUGCUGAAUACGAGGCUGCAAUCAAAGUGCAGGAUCGGGCUAGACUCAUGAAAUUGUUGACGUAUGAAACUGUGGAAGCAGCUGUUAAGAAGAGAGUAGAAAUGAAAACAAGAAAAUAUGGCCAAGAGGGAAGAAUCACCCAGCAGGAAGACGCAGCCGAUCCCAUAUAUAAAGUAGAGCCACAUUUAGUUGCCCAACUUUACGAGGAUUGGAUUAUGCCCUUGACAAAAGAAGUUGAGGUUGAAUACUUGUUGAGAAGGCUUGACUGAUACGAGGCCAUGCGUGUUUGUUGUUUCACGAUGUUGAUAUUUCUAGCCUGUCCUCUUAAUGUCAAGGUGCAACAUAUAUAGAACUUCUGGUGAUGAAAUAAUCAAACAAGAAUGGCUGUCCAGUAUACUAUACAAAGUUACUAUAACAAGAUAUUCCAGUAAUGUUAUGAAUGGUUAUGGAAUCUGUGAAGGCCAUCGAACUCUUUCAUGACACCUCUUGUGAAUUUUUUUAAACAUAAUAUAAAAAGUAGUGUUGAUUAUAUAUU